UGCCUGCCCCCGGAGCGCAGCACAGACCCCAGUCUGUCCCGGCCCAGUGGAGAGACGCCCUUGGAGUCUUCCUCGCAGUGCUGCACCCACCGCAGCAUUCUCAUGGGCUACAAUGAGACAGAGAUCAAGCGCCAGAAGGUUUACCAGGUCUCCAUCUUCUCCCAUCUCUCCAGCUCCUCUGAGAGCAUGGAACAGCGGGCAGGCAGCCGGACGUCUGUCAAGAGGGGUUACCCUGAGCAGCGAACUCCAGAGGGGGGACGAGAUCCCAAACGAACUCACUGGGGUGACAGGAGGGCGGACAGCAAGCGUGAUGGAGGCCCUGGGCAGCCUUCCCUGGAUGAUGAUGAUAUCUUUGAGGAUGGUCUGCUGGUGGAGGAGCUAUCCUUGUGCGGCUCUGCCCAACACUUCUCCCACAGUGGGCUGCGGGUGGUGGAGCACCGCUGUGAGGGCAACCCUAGCCACAGCCCCAAGCCCAGCAGAGAGGACAAGUUGCAGGAUAUUUCCACCUCUUUCUCCACCUCCUCCACCUCCUCCUCCUUUUCCUCCUCCUGGCCUCAGCACAUUGCUUGCAGUACUUUGCACGUGAGAGACAGUUGCCCUGUCUCAUUGGGGGAUCAGUGCACAGACUAUGGAGAGAAUGGGGAGUCGGCAAGUAGCCACAACAUACUUAACCUUGAAUUGCACAGUAUUGCACAAACAACCCAGCUGGACUCUGGUGGGAAGAGAGAGAAGCCAGAGAGCAGCUCAACUCACAGCAGCAUGGCUAGGGGAGAAGAAGAAGGGCCAGUGGAGGCCAAUGGGUGCAAGGAGCCCCCACCUCCGCAGACAACAGCGCUCAGCCCUGAGCCCAGCAACCUGAGCUCUCAGGAGACAACACCCUGUGGGAGCAGCCAGUUCAGCAGCAGCAGCUGCCCAGCCAAAAGGAAGUUGCUGCCUGCUGGUGAGGCUGUGACUGACUCCUGCUCUGAGGAUGAGAGCCUGUCCCCACCAAGGAAGAAGAGGGUCCUGCCAUGCCAUCCUGUGCCCACAGCCUGCCGCAGCACUGAUGCCAAGGGGGCCCCUUUCUGGAAUCACCUGCUUCCUGGGGCCAAGAGCUCUGCAGAUUGCAUUGCAGUCGGAAGGAGGCUGAAGAGUGGGCUGCGCCUCAAAUCGAGACAUCUCCGGAGCAGUCUCCGAAGGGGCUCCAGGUCCCCCACAGUACCCUAGGCCACCACUACCGUCAGCCAUGCUCUGCUGGGCAACUUUGAGGAGUCCAUCCUGAAAGGACGCUUUGCACCGUCGGGGAGGAUUGAGGGUUUCACAGCAGAGAUUGGUGCCAGCGGCUCCUACUGCCCCCAGCAUGUCACCCUGCCCGUUGAUGUCACCUACUUUGACAUCUCCGAACACAGUGCGCCCUCGCCUUUCCUGGGAGUGAUUGACUUGGAGGCCUUGGGAAAGAAGGGUUACAGUGUCCCCAAAGCUGGAACCAUCCAAGUGACCUUAUUUAACCCCAACAAGACUGUGGUGAAGAUGUUCUUGGUGACAUACGACUUCCAGGAUAUGCCAGCCAGCCACAUGACCUUUCUACGCCAUCGCAUCUUCCUGGUGCCUGUGGGGGAGGAAGAGGGGGCCACCAUGGCCUCCAGUGACCCACUGGGCACCAGCCCACCCCGCAGGGUCCUCUGCUACCUGAUGCAUCUAAGGUUUCACAGCUCCAAGUCGGGGAAGAUCUACCUUAAUGAUGACAUUCGGCUGCUUUUCUCCCGCAAGUCGAUCGAAGUUGAUUCGGGGAUCUCCUAUGAACUGAAGUCCUUCACAGAGAUGCCCAGAAACCCUUGCUACUCACCUCGGGCCUGA